GAACAUCAAAGUUUCAAAGGGGUCAAUUUUUGAGUCAUGGAAAUAUGAAUAGAAAUUUUAUUUUAUCUGGGCAUUCCUAAAGUUUCUGUGAAUACUUUAUCUGUGUCUUUUUGUCUGUAGAACAUAGGACCUAUUCACCUGACUCAAGUUCACAUUUCCUGAUACCUCUACACUUUAUUUUUGUGUAAAGAUUACCGGAAUUAAGCAUCAAGAGAAUUCUCGGAGGGGUGGAUACGCAAUGAGUCAAAACUGGAUCACCUUUUUUUUUGUCAUUGAGAUAUAUCGAGAAGUCUGAUUUUUUUCAAUGUUAUUACAGGUACGGGCAGAGUGCAUAAUCGAUACUACACAAGUAAGGCAUUCGGAGAAUGACGAAUCCCCCAGUUAAUCGAAGUGAAAUACAUUGUCAAAUGCUAAAAUAUCUGUGAUGAUGACAUAAUACGCAUGGCUCAAGCCUUUUUGAAGUGCAAAACUCUAGAGGGUUGCUUUCCAUAUUGUUAACACGAUUUGUCGUUUGAAGCGUUGGUGCAUUUCUCCGGGUUGAUGCGCUGUACCCAGAACCACCGGCCUCUUUUUAUUGGCCACACAUUACGCUUUCCUUUCCUCCCUUCUUGUAUUUCAGAUGGAAAUUCUUGUCUUUUUUUUCUCUAUUGUCUAUUCCCGUAUAAAUUUCCCCCAUUAUUUUUUUCAAUUUAUUUAUUACUUUAGCUUCUACAUACCUCUCCCUAGUUUCCGAUUUAACUUCAGAUAACUCCUCAACCAAGCUUCAUUGGCACUACUUCACCACUUUGCACUUUUGCAGUGAUUUCUGUUACAUCUCUUAACCCACCUCUCUCCUUUUUCCCUAUGCGACCGACGCUGCAGCGCUGUCAUGCACCCACCGCUCAGAGCCUGGUAGCGAGUCCAGCGAGGGGCGUUUCUCGCGAGGGCCGCCCGAGUUCGCGCACGUCCCCACGUCUGGGGGUGAAACGACCCAGCUCUGACCUCCCGCAUGUGGAUCGCGCACAGGCGAUAAAGGCCGCGAGGCUGUCGAGGCGUCGCCGCAUCGACCCCUCGACCUAUGCGGACUUCUCCGGCGCCGCCAAGCGCGCGGAAGGGGGACUGGGAAAGGCGCGCUUCCCUAACGCGCGCGCCCAGGAGGAUCACGUAGUAAUUGGAGACCCCACUGAGGCUAUGAUGCGCACAGCGCGGCGUACACCCUCUCGCGAAGCGACUUCUGGCGGCAACAUUGACGGGACCCCUUCACCGCUGCCUGAAAAGCCCCACAUCAGGGGUGACGAGAGGAGUUCGAAGGUCAGCGAGGUGCCCGGCUUUGCUACUCCCGAAGUCGGCUCACAGCAUUCAAUUGAUCGGCGAAGACGCACGGGCAAAGCGCGAGUGCCGCACAUUGAGCCGAAAACUGCCCUUUGGUGAGCAGAUGAAGAGAUGGUGUACCUUAGGAAAAUCAUAAUACUGAUAAUUUUAAGAAUAAACGACCACCACCGCGGCAGAAGUGGUCUCACUAGAGAGGUUCACCUUCGUGCGUGUGGAGUUUGCGGGAAGGGCAACUGAAUAGGUCGAUUCAGUGCCUUAAACGAUGCUUUAAUCACAAUCAAGAGUAUCGAUGUUAAUAUAUAUAUAUAUAUAUAUAUUAACAUUUACUUGCUCUUUUUAAAAACGCCGUAAUAGAUUUUACAUCAGAUUUUUAUUCCAAUUCUUAGAUUGUUUUGUACACACACGACAUGUGUUUUCUUUCGAUAAGUAUUUUUGUACAUCUGUUUUUAUGAAGCAGUUCCAUUUCUUUCUCGAAACGCUUCCAGCGUUCUUUUAAAUUUAUUCUUAUUCAUUUUGAUAUUCCCAAUAACAUUGUGGUUGUAGACUACUAUAUUUUUCCUUUUUCUCAGCUACACAAAAUUAAAUUUUAUUUUCUCUGCGAUUAUUUCUUAUUUCACACAUAUUUUUUAGUAAUAUUAUUGCGUCUAAGCUAAGGUCAGAGCUCCGUUCAGCUUGGGCAGUACUUUAAGCUACCUAAAUUAGCGCGAAAAAUACAAGGAAAUGAACCCCACUGACCUCUCGCAACCAACUGCAGAGCGCACCCUUUCUGAGGCUGCGGAUACAGUAUUAAACCCUAAGCAAAAGGAAAAACUUCAUGAGUCACUCAUUACUGAACAAAUUGAGCAGUCUAAAUAUCUUCGAGCCCAUAGCGAAAUCACUGAGAUAAUCCAAAUCGCUAUAUUCAGACUUCUUAAGGAUCAGCCUGAAGAUGCGGUGUUGUAUUUAUCUGAUCUCUUUGCAAAUAACGAUCUAGAAUUGAUCGUGGAAAAGUCUCGAGCUGAACUUGAGGAGAGACAUCGGAAUGCGAGGCGCCGACCGUCGUCCCCGCCGCCUUGAAGACGAGUUUAAACCACAUUCCUUUCUUUAUAUAUAUAUAUAUAUAUGAAUGAAUGUAAUAUGAACAACAACUGCAAGCAGAAAGGAAAAACUGAAAGCAUUAUGUGUUGCUUCGAGUUCAACUCGGCUAUUUGAUGUAGACUACUUCUUCACAUUCGAGAAGUUCGAUAAAUCGAUACAA